AUCACUGAGACCCAGCAUUUCAGCAGUUUGCAAAGGAAAGUGAUAGGAAGGGACAGCUGCAAGUAAGUCACCACCUAGAUCUGACUCCUCAAGUACUCACUCACUGGGAGGAAAGAGAGAAGGAAGGAAGCCGAGGGCUUAGCAGGGUACCAUUGAACAGGUGAUGGCUCCGCGGUCGCGGCGACGAAGGCACAAGAAAUCCUCUUCAUCAGUGACUCCUGUGGUUGUGACCCCACCCACUGUUGUGACCUCUGUGCCUCUGACCUCCUCAAAACCUGGCCCUAGCAUUGAUGCACUUGGCUUCUUCUCCUUGGAUAAUAAUGUUCCUGGACUAUCCCACCUGAUCCUUCAAAAGCUGAACAUGAAAAGCUAUGAAGAAUACAAGUUGGUGGUCGAUGGGGGUACCCCUGUAUCAGGCUUUGGAUUCCAAUGUCCUCAAGAAAUGUUCCAGAGGAUGGAGGACACAUUCCGAUUUUGUGCUCACUGUAGAGCACUCCCCAGUGGCCUUUCAGACUCCAAGGUCCUCCGGCACUGCAAGAGGUGUAGAAAUGUCUAUUACUGUGGUCCAGAGUGCCAGAGGUCAGACUGGCCAGCACACAGGAAGGUCUGUCAAGAGCUUUGUCUUGUGGCUGUGGACCGUCUCAUGGAAUGGCUUCUGGUCACAGGUGAUUUUGUCCUACCCUCAGGACCAUGGCCAUGGCCAGCUGAAGCUGUACAGGACUGGGAUACCUGGUUUUCCAUGAAGAGAUUACACCUAGAUGCUGCACUAGAUGCUGUGCUAGGUAGUCAUGCCAUGGCUACCCUAUGGGCCAGUGUAGGACGGCCAAGGCCAGACCCAGAUAUCUUACAGGGAUCUUUAAAGCGGCUGCUGACAGAUGCCCUGUCACGGCCCUUAACUCUGGGUCUAGGGCUUAGGUCCUUAGGGAUAGAUGUUGGGAAGACUGGGGGAAGCAUAGUGCAUGUGGUUGGUGCAUCCCAUGUGGAGACAUUUCUUACUCGCCCUGAAGACUAUGAUGAACUUGGAUACAUGUUUCCUGGACACCAAGGACUCCGUGUGAUCAUGGUGGGUGUAGAUGUGGCUACUGGCUUUUCACAGAGCACCUCAACUUCACCUCUGGAACCUGGCACACUUCAGCUUGGUGCCCACAGGGGCCUCUAUCAUGACUUCUGGGAGGAACAGAUAGAGACUGGGCGGACAGCCCAUCCAGAUUUGGUGGUGGCAUUCCAUCCAGGUUUCCAUUCCUCCCCAGACUUGAUGGAGGCUUGGCUGCCCACCCUUCUGCUACUUCGUGACUAUGAGAUCCCUACAUUGAUUACUCUUUACAGCCAUCAAGAGUUGGCAACCUCUUUGCAGAUUCUGGUGGAACUGGAUACGCACAUCACUGCAUAUGGGGCUAACCCUUUCAUGUCUCUCAAACCUGAACAGGUUUAUUCCAACCCCAAUAAGCAGCCAGUAUAUUGCAGUGCCUACUAUAUCAUGUUUCUUGGAAGCUUCUGCCAGCUGGAUAAGAGGCAGUUGGAAGGGAAAGUAGAUGAUGAGGUUUAAAUAGAUCCUGACUAGAUAUCUGGAAAAUUGAUGGUUUGUUAUGAAAUUACCCUGCUAAUGCCAGGUUUUUGCCAUCUUUGAAACCCACUAUAUUCUAAACCUCAUUCAUCGUCUGGGUAAAGAUUCUAAACUGAAUGAGAGUUCCUAUAUGCUGUGCCUCAUUUCUGAGAGUUUAGCCAUUGCAGCUUCUAGAGAUAGGAUUCUAGAUUUAGUGAGUGGCAAAAGGCCCUGAUGUCUGUCUCUCCAGAGGCUUGAGUUGCUAACAUUUUCCUUUGUGAGGAAGUUACACCUUUUGACUGGAACCAGGUAGCACUGAGGAGAGGAAUAAGAACCACCUUAUUCUUCUGAAAAAGGCUUUCUUCUCAUUCAGUAAUUUAGACUAAAGAAUGGAGAAAUUUUGAUGACUUGAAAUGGUGCAAGAAUGGAGAAGUCAAAGAAGUUGUUGGAAAUGAGGAGGUUAUAAGGAUUAGCACACUGCCUUAUUUCCUGUUUUUAUUAGAGAGAAAUAACUCUUUUUUCUAUUUUCUCUUGGGGAGUGUCUGACCCUAGAUAGCCCUGGUGUUGUAUUUUAGAUGUCCCAGGCUAUAUUAUAUUUUACCUGAGUAUACUGUAAUUAUUUACCAUAGUAAACCAGUUCUAUACAACAAUAAACUUUGUCUGGGGCUUCUUAA